UAUAUACACAAUCUCUUCCUCUCCUUUAUUCACUCUUUCUCACAAACCCUCCCAUUAAACACUUGUCUACCUUCAUUAUUCUCUCCCAAAUCGUCAAACAAACCCAACUUUUCAUUUUUGCCCUCUCAAAACAUCAAAGCAUGGCUUCUUCAACAAAAUUCUCUUUCAUCUUAUUCUUUGCUUUCUCUCUCUUCCUCCAAGGAACUCUAGGUGAGGUUAUAUGUGAGGACUUGCCAACAAAUGUGUGUUCAUUUUCAAUUGCAUCAUCUGGGAAGAGAUGUUUGCUGGAGAACUAUGCUACCAAAGAUGGGAAGGUGGAAUACCAAUGCCGAACAUCGGAGGUGGUGGUAGAGAGGAUGGCCGAGUACAUUGAGACCGACCAAUGCGUCAGUGCCUGCGGUGUUGACAGAAGUUCCGUCGGGAUUUCUUCUGAUUCCUUGCUUGAGCCUCAAUUCACUGCCAAGCUUUGCUGCCCAAAUUGUUAUCAGAAUUGCCCCAACAUCGUCGAUCUAUACUUCAACUUGGCCGCCGGAGAGGGAGUGUUUUUGCCAGACCUUUGUGAGAGACACAGAAGCAGCCCUCACCGAGCCAUGUUGGAGCUUUUGAGCUCUGGUGCAGCCCCUGGUCCAGUUACCAGUGCUUCACCAGCAUCAUCAUCUGAUUUCUCUGCUGAAGCUCCUGCCCCUUCUUUCUUCUAAUUUUGCUUCUAUAUUUGGAUUUUAAAAAUCAUUUUUCCUUUGGAAUUAGUAUAUAUUAAUUGCAUGAGGAAUAAUUAUUUACUAGAUUAAUUAAAGGGAGAGGGAAAAAAAAAAUUGGGUUUGUUGAUUUGAUUUGUAUUGGGUUAUGAAUAAUUUGUCUUCCAUUUAAUUGAACUAGAGAUUCUAUUUAUCAUUUUUCUAA